UAGGAAAACACUUAAAUGGAAUCUAAUACAUCAAAAGGAGUUGGAUUCUAACACCUAUACACUGGUAGAGGGUAAGAUGCCACUUCUAGAUUUUUUUUUUGUUCUGUGCUUUACAUUAUGGUUGUUGAAAGGUAAAUAGUUGCGCCACAUAGUGUAUUUACUGGUUGCACUGGAUAUGUUUGAUGGCCAAUGGUGUUAUCUCACCCGCUUGAUGUCAAAUUGUCAAGUAUAUAUAGCUUGUUUCCUGGCAUUCUUAUUUUCUCUUAUUCUAUGGUCCUUUUUUUUUUUGAAAGAAUUCUAUGGUCCCUCUUAUGUGCUUUUCAUCUAUUAAUUUUGAAAAGCCGUUUAACAAUAUCAACUUUAUAAGGGGAAAAAAAAAAUAGACAACAACAUCAUUUAACUAUAAAUCUUUGAAGGAUUUUUCUGAAAUAAUGUGACAAGUACUUGUGUUUCUUAGGACUGCGACAUCAUAUUAUGGUUAUAAUUUAAUUUUUUUUUUUUAUAUAGUUUUAAAAUUUAUAAUUUUGAACAAUUGUUUCCAUGGAUUAAUGUUAUCUUGUAGAAUAUGCUUCCCACGUGAGAUAUUGACUUGGUGAUGGGGUGGAUGACAUGAUAUUUUACCAAGUCUUUUUAGAUGACUUUCCCAUUUCCAUGCCUUAAUUUUGUUGGAGUGGAAGGCAAGCUCUAGAAAUGAAACGUGGAAUAUCUUUUUGGAAAACUUAAAUUAAAAUUUAUUUAAUGCUUCUAUAAAAGAACUCAACCCUUAGCAGUUUGGGCAAACUUGAAUAACCUUUUAAGCCUUUUUUUUUCCUCUGCUUUUGCAUUAGUCUUCAAAACCUUCUAACUGCUUUAUUGGAACUUGGUGAUUUAAUGGAGGAUUCUAUGAGCUCCACAAACCACAAGAACAAAUCUAAUUUUUCUGGUGAUGGACAUGAGGUUUCUUCUGAAGAUAGUGGUUGGUCUUCAUACUUCGACAACUCCAUAGCUAUCAGUAAUGUGGAGGAUACUGUUACCUGUUCUGGUUCUGAAAACUCUUCCAUAUUUUCUGGUGCUGCUGUUUUGGUAAAAAAGAUGAACAUGAAUAAUGAUGAUCGUGUUGCGUCAGCUAGGUCUGUUGCUAAAAGGAGAAAGAUUCUGGCAACUUAUAUUGAUCCUGAACUGGAGGACACUGCAAUUUCUCCUGUUUGUAAUUCUGAGGCUGAAGACUUGGAAAAAUUGCAAAUAAAAUUACAAGAGACAGGUGUUUUGAACAUUUUACCACCAGUGCAACAAGGGAAGCAUGACUUUUUUAGCCUUUUUCAGGAAAAACAAAAUACCUCUAACCAGACUGGAGAAGUACCACAUUCAGGUUAUAUUGGGACAGAUAUCAGCUAUGCAGGUUUAAAGGAAAAGGGACUCUGUUUGGUUCCAGUAUCUUUGUUAUUCCGAGUUAGGUAAACAAAGACCUGGAAGAUAGGAUAAUUUACUUCUGAUAAUUCAGCAGGAUAUGGAAAAGGAUGAUGAUCUUAUAUAAUAUUGCUAUCAGGUCACACUAUAUUGAGAAGGAAUGGUCUUUUCUAUAUUUCCUUCAUGGAUCUCAAGGAUGCAUAUCAGCUUCCCUACAAAAAGUCUAUCUCAUACAGCUUCUCAAAUAGUCUUUGGCUAGAAGCAGGAGGCUGCGUACAUCUUGGCCUCUCCUGACCCUGCCUCACUGGCAUAUAUAUGAGUUAUUGAUCUUGUUGGUCUUGUACUUAAGCAUAAUUACCUGAACUGAAAAUUACUGGAGUAUCAGCUCUUGAUAGAGUAGUGGUUCAAUUUGGUCAGCCGGCAUGGAUGAAUGAAUAGCUGUGUCUUAUACCCUUCUUUUGAGAUUGAAGGAGCUUGGAGGCCAAAUUCACUGGAGUAUCAGCUUAUGUAGCAUAUGUUCAGAUUCUGGGUUUAUGCCUUGAUGCUAUAAAAGAUCACUUAUGCUUUGUAGACCUGUGGUCAUAAGCUGAUAGGAACUGUGCUUAGUAUAAUAACAUCAGUGCCAAUCCUGUUGCUGCCAACGCCAAGGAGCAAGGGCAUAUGCUUUGGCAGAUUCUGUAUCAAUGGAGAAGAAUUGCUGCUUCUGUUAUCAUCCUCAAAAGGGUUUAACAAACACCUUUUGUAACCCCUCAUUUAUAGUAGUCGUGUUCACAGUUGCCUCCUCUUGCUAAGUUUGUGGCAAACAACCUUCCUCUUUCAUGUGAUCAGUAACCCUAUGAAGGUUUGCAUGUAUUAAUGAAUACCUAUUACCUGUUGAAGACGUGAAUACUUGUACAGAUUCCUUAAUUGUAAAUGUGAAUAAGUGUAGUGCUGGAACCCAGUGGUGGCUGCUGUUGUGCUGUGGAACUCGAAUUGUUUGUGUUAUUAAAAAGAAGCCUAUAUUCCUGAUUUUGACGACUUCUAAUUUUAUUGUUUUUAGUACAGAACUUAUAUUUAUUUUCUGUUACAUAGAUCACUUAGUUUUUGGAGAAAUAAAUGUAUACCCAUGAUGUAUAAACUAUUGUAAGGCACCUUUUUUUGAUAAUUUCUUUUUGACGAGAACCUUUUUUUUAUAAAUGAUAAUUAAUGCAAAGGUACUCUAUGGCUGUAUUAUUGUAUUCCUAAUUUUUUUUUUCUUGGUUUGGCUGUUAUUGAUGCAUGUUUAUUUUGUGAAUUGAUUUACUUAUAUCGUUGUGACAAAGCACACUAUCCCCUACUGAUAGAGGCGAAAUGUUUGUCUGAGCAUCUU